CUUUUUUUUGGUUUUUGUCGAACGCAAGAACAAACUAAAUUAUAAACCCCCCUUUUUAUUGAUGGGUUUGCGUUUUUGAGUCAAUUGAGUGAGGUUUAACUAGUAACUAGUUUUAAUUGUGAUGAGUCUACAAACAUGUAAUUAUUUGUGGGUAAUGAUGGGACAUUAUUGAACAUCCAAGAUUUUCUGCGGGCUGUGGACUCAUGGUUGUGUGUAUAGUCAAAAGAGGAACCGCGAUAAUAGUUAGUUACUCAAAUUGGUAAAGUGAACUUAUGCUGGAGAUGCUCUGGGACCUGCACUAAUUGCAUAGCCAGCAAAAAGAAAGCAUUAAUCUGAACUUACAUAUAUUGGCAGUGGUUUUCAAUUAACUUCAUGUCUAUAAGAAAACUCCCAUUCCCUCGGCUCCUCCUUAACAAUGUUUCUUGCAUGAGAAAUGGCCAGCAAAUUCUGUCUCACGUGAAUGUCACUCUUCAUGAUGGAGGGGCAUUUGUGCUAACAGGUGCAAAUGGCUCAGGAAAGACAACUUUCAUGCGCUUGCUAGCUGGGUUUUCUCGUCCUUCUGCCGGUGAAGUCCUUUGGAAUGGCCAUGACAUUCAAAAAUCUGCAAUCUUCCAUCAGUAUAAACUUCAGCUUAACUGGGUCUCCCUCAGGGAUGCAAUUAAUGACAAGUUUAAUGUUCUGGACAAUAUUCAAUGGUUUGAACUUCUUGAAGGCAAGCACGGGAAGGCUAUGCCUGCGCUUGAGUUUAUGGGACUAGGAAGAUUGGCUAAGGAAAAGCCAAAGGUGCUUUCAAUGGGCCAGCGAAAAAGAUUGCAACUUGCCAGAAUGCUCGCAAUGGAUCGCCCCAUAUGGUUGCUAGAUGAGCCUUCAGUUGCAUUAGAUGAUGAAGGUGUAAAGUUACUCGAGUACAUUAUUGCAGAACACAGGAAACAAGGAGGAAUUGUUAUUGUAGCAACUCAUUUACCCAUUGAGAUAGAAGAUUCCAUGGUCUUGAAGCUGCCGCCAAGGUUUCCAAGGAGCAUGACACAUACAGAUAUGCUUGGCCGGGAGGUGAAUAUUAGUUAAUUCUUAUUUUUAUUCACAUUUUACUUCAAGACAGGAUUAAGUCUUGGAAUUAUUUAUUGGAAAUGUCUCGAUUCCUAUUAGUUGUCUUUUUGUUACAGCCUAACUCGUCACUUGCAGCCUGUGUUUCUGUUUCUUGUUUCUUCCAUAAAAUAUUUGAAGAGUCCUAAAAAUAACUUUUUUGAUA